AAAAAUCUAACGAAAAAUCUAGCUCUCCACCACCGACACCCAUCCACCUGUACAUUAUCAUUUGACUGCAAGGGGAUUUACGGAGAUGCUGGCUGGGGGAAGAUCAUUAAGAAACGUGUAUUAUUUUGUUGACAUCCAGAUUAACAGGUUGUUUCGAUGAGCCACCGCUUCACACGUUCGUGUUCGUGCAGGGAUCAACUCGGGACAAAUUAAUGAUGUGCUAGAGAGUGACUGUGCGUGUGUGUUUGAAGAAGCUGUGGUGAAACUUUGCCAGACAUUUCAACUGUGAUAUAAAUUCACUCUGUUGUGUUGAAUGGAAGAACAUUCUGACAGCUCGGACAUAUUUGCAUUCCUAAACUAAUAUUUUGUUUUUAAGCUAUUUUAAGAAGCACGUGUAGUCAAACAGUACAUGCCCAGGCAACUUGGAUGACAUUUUACGCACUGAAAUUUCGACUUUACAGCAGUCCCUGCGUGUUGCCAGGUUUAGUGUCGCCCCCUGUACCUGCCUCAAGGGAAAUGUUUGGUUUCCCCAUGAGAGAAAUUGCAGCAGUGGAGCAUUGCUGUGGCUGAAGCAAUGAUGCCCGCCAUAACAACGUUUCCAAGUGCCCAGGCGAUGGAAGGAAAACAGUUCGUUAAUAUGUGCAAGGUGGGUGCAACAGGUGGCGCAGACAACCCGCUCAUCGAAGUGGAGUUCAGCAUCGUGCAGUCUCCUGCCUUGAUUCCCAAAGAAGAGGACGAGCUUGGGAAAUUCUUAGACCUCGAGUUCAUUUUGUCCAACACCAUCAACUCUGAGGUUGUGAGCAACAACGGGAACAUUUCUCCGUCGCAGCAGUGGGCGUACUCCCUGCCGGAGUCACCGGAGAGCUGCAGCGGGAGUUCUGUGCCAGACUGCAGCGACCACCCUCCAGCUCACCUGGCCGCACAGAGCUACCACGGCAUGGUGACAUACACGGGCUCGAGCCCAGUUCGCAGUCUCAUGGCGGAGCUUCUCACACCAGAGAUCAGCUACCCGGGGGAGAGUUCACCGGAGAGCGCAGGCAAGGCGAGAGACAGGAUGGAGUACACCGAGCUGCGAGCGUUGAAUCCGGUCAUCAUUCCAGCAAAUUCCGUUCAUCACCAAGUGGCCACGUCUCCUCCACCGCUUGGAUACAAAAUUAAAACUGAGCCUGUCGAUGAGUCGUGUAUGAUGGCUGGUGGUGGUGGGGACUUUAUGGGACACAUGUAUGAGAGGCAUCAGAUGCGCUCCGUGCACCAAGCAGCUUUUACGCACCACCAGGCUACAGUUCCAGGUGCGUUGCAGGGAUUCGGUGCGCAUCACAUGCAGCACUCAGCACAUCAGGGACGCACAUCCUGCCAUUUGGCGCAAAUGAACUCUUAUCCUAAUCAACACCAUCUCCACAACCAGUACAUGAACUUGCCAUACCAGCCGCAGUACGCGCACCAGAGUAUGGCGCAGUUUCAAGGGCAGUACAGCAUGCACAGAGAGCCUGUUCGUGUUCACCACCAGCAGCAUCCGGCUUCUGUGCAGGGGGUGAUUCUCACUCCUCCCUCGUCACCAUCGUUGCUGGAGUUUUACACACACGAUGAGGCGGGGAGCAUCAAACAGAAGCGAGGCCGCAGGUCGUGGGCCAGGAAGCGCGCCGCGACCCACAGCUGCGAUUUCCCUGGCUGUGGAAAAACCUACACCAAGAGCUCUCAUCUUAAAGCUCACAUGAGAACACACACAGGUGAAAAGCCCUACCACUGUAACUGGGAAGGAUGCGGUUGGAAGUUCGCCAGGUCAGAUGAACUGACCCGUCACUUCAGAAAGCACACCGGACAUCGACCUUUCCAGUGUCACAUGUGUGAGCGUGCGUUCUCCCGUUCAGAUCAUCUGGCUCUCCAUAUGAAGAGGCACAUGUAGGCCACAUUAAACUUUUGUAUCCACCAUGGGGUCAUGCCUGGCGCAUCCCAGAAGAAGCACGAGUUGGCUCCUCACUGUUGGACAUUUUGUGCAUCUGGCCCAAACCAAUGAAACAAAUUGUCCCUGUAGGGAUCUUAGUAUAUGUGUGGUAGAGAGUUUAAAGCAACCACACAUUUAUUCCUAUCGGAUCUUUUCAAGGUUUUUGAAAAGUCAAGUGCCUGAAUGAAUGCUGGUGUUUUUGUACAUAUAUAAACUUUGGCUAAAUUAUAGGAGUGUGUAUUUAAGACAUUUCCUUACCCUGUCUCUGAAAUAAGUUAUUGUUAGUGAGUGCCUUAACACAAGUGCAUAUUUGCUUCCCAAACAGGGAAAUCUCACUGUGGGCAGGACCCAGAACUUUGUACAUAAUGUAAAUUGUAUUUUUGAAAGUUUACAUCUUAUGCCUUUGAUACUACUCAAAUCAGGUCAGGGUUUUUAUUGACAAUUUGUCAUUCUACUUUCUUAUGGUUGUUGUUAGUCUACAAUCGAUGUUAUAGAUUUUCUAAGCAUUUUAGACUUUUUCUUUGUGCUGUGAAGUUUUCUUUGAGCGACGCUAACAAAUUCAGGUACUAAAGCUCAUUUUUAGUUCCAUUUUAAGACCCCAAACAUCAAGUCCAACCUCACUUCCACUCAAUUCAACAGUUAUUUAAAGUGCAGCGUUUUCUGGGGACAUAACACAUGUAUUUUCUGAAGAUGUGUUUUGUUUUUUUGAAGAAUGAAGAAAUCCACUGCAACCAAUGGUUGAUCUGCUGUACUUGAAACCUAACUCAGAUGUAUACUUUUUCAACAAUGCAGUUUUUUUUAUGUGCUUAAGGGCUCAGAAAAUAAAAGUACUUUUACAAAUAUA